AAAAAAAAAAAAAAAGUUUGACGCGGGAGAAGUCUCAGCAAUGGAGGGCGAAUUCUGAGAGGCUGAAACUUCGCAUCCCCAAGAGUCAAAAGGCAAGAACCCCUAUUCUUUAAUCUCUAUAGUUUUUGUUUGACCAAUCGAACUUGCAGCGCACGUCAAUAUCUCUCUUUUUGUGCCGAUCUGUCUUCGGUGUCAAAUGGGAUGAGCCGGAGGUGGUCGAGUUCAGUGGCGAGAAUGGCGGAGGAGUUUAGCAAGGCUGAGGUGCAUGCUACUGCAACAUCAUCAGCAUCGAGAUCAAAGAGGAAUUGGGCCUGGCCUUCUGUUCUUCGCUGGAUCCCAACCUCAACUGACCAUAUUAUCGCUUCUGAGAACCGUCUCCUCUCGUUAGUCAAAACUCCAUAUGUUCAAGAACAGGUUAACAUAGGAUCUGGGCCACCGGGGUCUAAGGUCAGGUGGUUUCGUUCUUCGAGUGAUGAGCCUAGGUUUAUCAAUACAGUUACGUUUGACAGUAAGGAUGAUUCUCCCACACUUGUUAUGGUUCACGGUUAUGCUGCUUCUCAAGGGUUCUUCUUCCGGAACUUUGAUGCUCUUGCUAGUCGUUUCAGGAUCAUUGCUAUUGACCAACUUGGUUGGGGUGGGUCAAGCAGGCCUGACUUUACAUGCAAAAGCACUGAAGAAACAGAGGACUGGUUCAUUGAUUCCUUUGAGGAAUGGCGUAAAGCCAAAAAUCUCACCAAUUUUAUUUUACUUGGACAUUCUUUCGGUGGAUAUGUUGCAGCAAAGUAUGCCCUUAAGCAUCCUGAACACAUUCAACACCUGAUUUUGGUGGGACCUGCUGGAUUUUCAUCCGAGACAGAUGGAAAAUCUGAGAGGAUGAUAAAAUUCAGAGCCACUUGGAAAGGAGCUGUUCUAAAUCAUCUUUGGGAGUCUAACUUUACUCCUCAGAAGGUUGUCCGAGGUUUAGGACCCUGGGGUCCAAACUUGGUCCGCCGGUAUACAAAUGCUAGAUUUCGUGUACAUUCAACUGGUGAUGUGUUGAACGAAGAAGAGUCCAAAUUGCUUACAGAUUAUGUAUACCAUACUCUAGCUGCCAAGGCUAGUGGAGAGUUAUGCUUGAAGUAUAUAUUUUCCUUUGGAGCACUUGCGCGGCUGCCCCUUCUACACAGUUGGUGGCUCAGAGCUUGAGUAGAUCACAAGAGGAGCUGAGUAUAGGAUUGCCGGAUGGCUUUAAAGCAAGUGCUGAUGUUCCAGUUAUGUCCUACCUGCAUUUCACAGAGAAUAUCAUAUUUGCAAGGACCAUUGAAAGAAAAUUCAGCUCUUAAGGUUUAUUCUACGUUUGAUUUUUGAAGCUGUUUCUGAUGUGAAGACUUAUUAUAAUAAGAGUUCUCUAUUCAGAAAAUGUUCAUAAAUUGGAGGAUUUUUUAUACGACUAUGGAUGUAGAGAUGGGUGCACAUCCCUCUUACUGGUGGAUGCCACUCAAAGGGCCAGCUAUAGAUGCUUUUUAUUUCAGAUGCAAGUGAUCGAAAGGUCAUGGAAGGGUUUCUAUUUAUUUAGGCCUCUAAUAUGGUAGUUUAGUUGAGAGCACUUAGCCAUUCCCCCUAUUUAUUAAUGUCCACUUCUUGUAUGCUCACUUCUAUAAUCUGAAGAUGGAUUGGAGCAGUUUGUGGUGGUGUUGCUUUUGGUGGGUUAUCAUCAUUCAAACAACUAUCGCCUUGUGGAUUGGAGGUUGACUUGUAAUCCUGAGGUGAAAGGGGUGGUGUUUCUUUCAGUCCUUGCGUCAAUAUAAGGCCCAUUCCUGGCAUGUGGCACAAUGUCUUGGUAAGGAGAAGAUUCCUUGUGCAAAUUAGCAAUGGUAAAUAAGAACCUCCUUGGGCUUAGGGAGCGUUGCUGCCAGUUGAGUUAUGGAGUGAGCUCCAGGCAAGGGUCUUGAAGGUUUUGACUGGUCUUGAUAUUUUUUGGAUUUAAGGUUGCAGUCACAUUUUGGCUUAAUGGUGUAAGAAGAAUCCUUCAUGCACUAUUUUCCUGUACUUAUAUGUUCAGCCAGCAUGCGACAAGGCCAGAUUCUGAACUCUUAUGAUUGUAUGGGCGAUGAACUGGUAUAUUGUUGUCAAAACUCAGUCUAAGUUUUACUGAUUAGGAGAUUGCUGGUCUUUUGCAGUGAUUGAGUAGACAAUUUUUUGGUGACCAGGGGGAAGUGGCCACUUUUAGGCUCUUAAUACCCUUACUCUUGAAUAUAUGAACUUAUCACUUGGAAUGCCUA